GAACAGAAGAACACUGGCUACUAUCAACGGACAUUGGGACUCGCCGCAACCUUGCGCUUUUUUGGGUGUACUGCCCCUCUUGAGCAAUGGCAUCUCCAGAUCGAUCAAAGGGAGCGUGUGAGGAUGGGGUCGCCUUUUUUAUUACCAUGUAUUAUCAGUAGAUUAGAUGUAUCAUACAGUGAUACUAGAGUAUUCCAUAGCUUCAGAUGUGAGUGCAUGGAGACACAUAGGCAGACAAGGUUGGGAAUGUGAAAGAAGCAGCGCUCUCCGUGUAUACGCGUGAUCCUACAGAUUGCACAGAAAAAAAGCACAAUAUUUCCCAUGCAUGUUUUGUGUUAGUAGACUUCGUAACACAUGGAUCAAAUAUUGAUUAAUCAUCAGCUGCUAAUGAACACACCAUAAAUUAGCAGUGUUCUUGAACAAAGCUGAUGCAUCUUAAAGGAGACGCGCGUGCUUUGACAACAUCACCACCUCAAAUGGAUGGAGUUAUCGUCUGAUCCUGGCCACAGAAAUCGUCCAACUUCAAGCGCCACGUAGGUUGAGGCUCUGAGCAAUGGAAUCUCUAUUCGGUGGUGAGCUGAGGCUACUGGGAGGUGGCGAGGGCUUGAAGGAGGACAGCUGUGGUGACGUGGGCUGGUCCUCCUCGACCGUCCCUGAUGAUAUGUACUCCGUCUCCCACUUCGCCCUCAUCACCGCCUACCAGGACAUCAAGACACGGCUCGCGGGCCUGGAGAGAGAGAACAGUGGCAUCAAGAGGAAGCUCAAGAUCUACGAGAUCAAGUUCCCUAUGAUCAGUGAGUUUGGGGAGGACAGGAACUCCUACUGCAGCUUUGAGUCCAAGGAGACAACUCUACUGCAGUCAGAGAAGGGCAACCUGCAGCAGAAAGUCAGCACCCUCACCCACGAGCUCCAGAAGAGGAAAGAGCUCCAGGAGCAGCUGGAGGAUGUGAUCCAGGCCUAUGAGAAGAUCCACAUGGAGAAGAACAACCUCCAGAGAGACCUGGACAAAAUGACCAGUCUAGUGGAGAAGCACGCGGAGCAUAUUGUGGAUCUGGAGUCAGCUCUGAGACAGAGAGACAACUCGCUACAGAAGCACAACACCCAGCUACACAGCAAGGACAUCCAAUACCUGCAGCUACAUAGCCCAGACAAUCACAUGCUGGACUGUCCUGCGCUGACCCUGCAGAGCUCUCGUAGUCUAGACACUUUGUCAGACCUGAAGCUGCAGCGUCUGGAGGUGGAGCUAGAGAGGGCGCGGCAUGAGGCCGAGCGGGCGUGUCAGAGGGAAGAGGAAGUGAAGGCCGAGUGUGAGAGACUGCAGGAGGAGCUGAGACAGAUCCAGAACAACCACAUAGGGAGGGAAAUGACUUCACCGUGUGAGCAGUGUGAUGUGGAGUGGAUAAAGAAGGUGGGAGAUGAGCAGGUGAAUUUGGCGUUAGCCUACACAGAGCUAACUGAGGAGUUGGGACGUCUCCAAGCACUGAGCUCCAAACAAAAAGAGAUCUUGAGGAUGGUCUCUCAGGAGCAGCAUAGCCCGGUCCAACGCCACUCCCACCCCCCUUCUCCCAUCCCUCACCAACGCCACUCCCCCGUGCCCCAGCGACACUCCCCUAUCCCUCCUCAGCACCACUCCCCCAUUGCCCAGUGCCGCUCCCCGGUGCUCCAGCCGCAGCAUCUCUCCCCGGACAUGCACCGCCGCUCGCCCCUGCUGGACGUCAACAAUGGGCCUGCCUCCUACUCCUGCCGGCCAGCCAGCCACCACCUGAGGGCCAGCUUCCAGGGCCGACGGAGCUAUUCCGAGGUGGCCGACCCCUCGGCCUACCAGCGGCCACCGCGCUUCAGCCUGGACCCCGUGUCCACACUACCCAAGCCCCGGCCCUAUAGGGACUCCGGCUACUCAAAGCAGCAUCAGCAGCAUGAGCAUGGAGGCUCCCAGCACGGAGGGUCACCCCACAGAGGAGGCCAGCUCCGAGCUUCCCAGUCUGGGCUAGAGAGGGCAGGGAGUGAGGUGGGCCUCCACGAAAAUUCCUGCCACUCUCGAGAGCUGCCCUUCCCCCUGUCCGAGGUCUCUCCCAGGUCUCACCUGCACUUUGAGCCCCUGCCACCCCCCACGCCCGCCCCCCAGCUUCCGCAGUCCUCUGAAGACGAGGAAGAGUGGAUCUGUCCGCACCCCAUCAGCCCCCCACGGACGCUGGGCGUGCCCAACAAUGUGUCAGCUCAUGGGGUCAUGAAGGGGCCAGCGUCCUGCUCGGCUUUCCCCAUCCCAUCCAGACCCAACACUCUGACCUGCCACCCACCAGGCUACCUGCACACAGAGCACGCCCAGUCCUGGCCCUCCAUCAAUCUGUGGAUGGAGACAGAAGAGAGUGACAUGAGAAGCUGCCCUCUGUGCCAGCUGAUCUUUCCCAUGGGUUACCCUGACGACGCCCUCAUCAAGCACAUCGACUCGCACCUGGAGAACAGCAAGAUCUGAUCGCCACGGCAACACUGCACCCUCUUUUUAGUUGCAACAAUUCUUGACUUACAUUGUGGAGUAUUUUAGGUUUGGUUUUGUUUUAUAGCAGGGUGCCUUUUGUUUGACAAGACAAGAGGGCUUAUUGUGUGUUUAGUAGUCUAUGUAUGGGAAAAGGUUUAGGGAAUGACAAGGAUGGCUUCGAGGUUCAUGACAGACAAUGUCCUGAGGGUUCCAGGCCACUUGCAGUCCAUUUGUUUUUAUAUCUUACACCUUACCACUACUACUUGCUGUAAAGUGGCCUGCUUUAGUUUGACUCUCUACCCAUGUACAGUAUAAGGCUUGUGAAAUACAGACCAACUACAAUUCAUUCCUGGAAUUAUCUGGGGGUCCAGAUGGAUAAAUCCAGUUUGUUUGUUCUUCAGGGCUUGACAAUGUGCGGUCAGAGGUCAGAGUUAUGAAGAGAGGAUGGCAGUGUUGUGACUGUGACUGAUUGUAUGUAGGGAAGAAUUUGUCCUGCAGUGUGGGGCAUGUAGUUGCUAUGACAACCUUGCUGUGGUGAAACGCAUAGGCAGAUUAUCUGUAUUAUCUUGCGGCCUGAUCAGAAAUCCAUAUAAAUCUGAGCACAUUAAGUUAACCGACACUAUAUAAGCCUAUAAUCCCCCCUAUAUUAUUUAUUUAACCCCCUAGAGUUGAUGUCUGUGCCCCACGGACAUUUAAUUGGCAUAAUACAAAAAUCCCCAUAUAAUAAUCUAUCAAGUUUAGCUAGAGAUCUGUUUUUGCAUAGGAUGUGUCUCAACGGCAUCAGCCAAUGCCACACGUUUGCAUCUGAGGUGAAAGGUGACAGAGCUCGAGCAGUGGUCUUCUCACAAAAUCGUCUGUAGCAUCUGAACUAUUUUGCUCUACGACCCCCACAAGCGUCUUGGGACUGGUCUGAAGUCAGUUUAGCCGAUCUGCCGACUUCUGUCUGUAGCGUCCGAACAGUUUGGGAUACACGCUGAUAUGACCCAUCUGUGGAAAGGUGAGACUCUCACGAACAUGUCGGUUGAAGUUCUCCCUGUACCAGUUGAAAAAAAAUAAAGGGUUAAAUACAUGUUUAAAAAAAUAAAAAUAAAUGUUUCCUGAUCUUUCUUAUAUCUUUCAGGACAGACACUUUAGAACAAACUUCCUUUAUCUGUUGUUCCAUGUAGUGAAUAUGUUAUUCAAUGCGUUGGUAUGGGCUAAUAGCAGUAAGGCCAAACAUUUUUUAGCACAAAAUGAUUUUGUAAAAUUUUUGGGGAUACAUCAAGGGGUUUGAAAGUUCAAAAUCAAAUAGCAAAAAUAUCCUUGGUAUGACCUUCUUAAAACAAUUACAUAUAGCUUAGUAGAACCCCACCCCGCCCCACCGGCUUAGACAGGGCUUAGACUGUAAUGGGUUAAAGGGCAAUUUCCACCACUUUUUAACCUAAUUGUCAUUAUCUCCAGCACAAUACCAGUGUCGACAUAUGUGAAAAUGGUGCAUUUCUAUGCUUUGUAGAAAUAAAUAUAAUGUUUAAAAGUUCUCCCUGAUGACAUCAUCAAAAGUUCCAACUAUGAGAUGCACAGUGAAAUGAGGAGCAAGGAAAUGCCCUCUGGCUAAUCAAUGUUUUUUGUUUUUUUAUGCUACCCUGUGAUGUCACAGAGAAGCAUUCUUUGAACCUUUGCUCUUAUCUUUUUAACCACAUUUCAUAGAAACGCGCUGUUUUCACAUAUGCAGACACUGGUUUGGUGCUGGAGAUAAUGAAUAUGUAUCAUUUGAUAUAUAAUGUAUCAUUUGAUAUAUCUGUAAGUAAUGAGGCAAAAAAAAUCUGUAAAAAAAAAUCUUUGUGCUGAAAUUUCCCCCUCCUAAGCUUGAACAAUACUGUAUAUAGCUAGUGGGACAGGAGUUUGUAUAUGGAAGAGGGAAUGGAAUAUAUUUGUAUAUGAUAACAAUGAUUCAACUGGGAGUCUCUUUAGUCUUCCUGAAGAUCCGACCUGGAUAAAGUAGUUAUAAGAUUUCUCAAUCUUACAGUCUGAAGCUGGCACACUUUGCAUUUUAUAUCUAAUAUAUAUAUACAUGUCAAAUAUAUCCCCAAAAAAUCAGAGUGAGUGUUGUAUGGAAUAACACACAUGGAAUCAUGUAGUAUCCAAAAAAAAAAGUGUUAAACAAAUCAAAAUAUAUUUUAGAUUUUAGA